AUGAAAACAUCACCAGGGAAAAAGGCAUCAAUAUUUCAUAAACAAAAUGCUGAAGAAGCAGAUCUAACAGAUGGAUAUAAUAUUCAUUGGCCAAAACUUGAAGCAUUAUGCUGGCACCUCAUCGCAUCUGCACCACUAAACUACCUGUUAAGUCGCUUCCCCGAAGAGGGCUUCAUAAUAUUGGCACCCGCUGAAUCAACGGGGAAGAACCUCCCCACCACAAGUUGCCAACAAAGAGGGCCUCAACACCCAACUAUUACACUCACCAUGCGGCACAAACCACCACGAGAUAUUGUACAAAAUAUCCUGGAGGAAAACAACUCACUGGAUAACCCAAACAAAGCUGUAAUGGUUGAGUAUGAACCAUUUGUGCAUGAGGCACUGACAUUCUCACUGUGGGAUUAUGGGGUCUUUGCUAUUAUGCUUCUGGCAUCUACAGGCAUUGGGUUAUUUUAUGCUCUCUAUAGUGGUGGGCAAAAGACCUCAGAAGAUUUCUUUACUGGCGGUAGGAAGAUGCGAGCCCUGCCUGUUGGUCUGUCUCUGGCUGCCAGCUUUAUGUCAGCAGUACAAGUCCUCGGCGUGCCUGCAGAAGCAUAUCGCUAUGGUGCAAAGUUCUUGCAGAUGUGCCUGGGACAGUGUAUCAACACUUUCCUGACUACCUACAUUUUCAUACCAGUCUUCUACAGGUUGGGGAUCACCAGCACUUUCCAGUAUCUGGAGCUGAGAUUUUGCAGAGGCGUCCGGCUCUUUGGCACUAUUCAGUACUUGGUGGGAACAACACUAUACACAGGAAUUGUGAUCUACGCUCCAGCCUUAAUACUUAAUCAAGUCACUGGUUUGGACAUUUGGACUUCUCUGUUCUCUACUGGAGCAAUAUGCACUUUGUAUACAUCUAUGGGUGGUAUGAAAGCUGUAAUAUGGACAGAUGUAUUUCAGGUGAUUGUUAUGCUCUCAGGGUUCUUUGCAAUUAUUAUCCGAGGUACCCUGCUGGUUGGAGGAGUCACAGAUGUUCUGGAUAUUGCAAGGAAUUACUCUAGGAUUAACUUUGGGGACUUUGACCCGGACCCCCGUAGGCGUUACACCUUUUGGACUUUCCUCCUGGGGAGCACUCUGCUUUGGCUAUCCAUGUAUGGCAUCAACCAAGCACAGGUUCAGCGCUAUGUGGCUUGCAAAUCAGAGAAGGAGGCCAAACUAGCCAUUCUUGUGAAUCAAGUGGCUCUUUGCAUCAUUGUAUUAAGCGCAGUCAUCUGUGGAAUUGUGAUGUUCACAUUUUACCACCUCUGCGACCCUCUUCAAGCUGGAUAUAUCUCUGCUCCAGAUCAAUACAUGCCAUAUCUGGUACUUGAUAUUUUUGACAAAUAUCCAGGAGUACCAGGCCUCUUCCUUGCCUCUGCAUACAGUGGAACACUAAGUACAGUGUCCACGAGCAUCAAUGCAAUGGCAGCAGUAACUGUGGAGGAUCUAAUAAAACCGCAGAGGCCUAACAUUCCUGCAAAGAAACUGAUGUAUAUUUCAAAGGGGCUCUCACUGGUGUAUGGAUGCGCUUGUAUCACAGUAGCUGUAUUAUCGUCUUUCCUUGGGGGUGGAGUUUUUCAGGGCUCUUUAUUAAUAAUGGGAGUGGUCAGUGGCCCUUUACUUGGAGCAUUUGUCCUUGGGAUGUUCUUCGUGUCCUGCAACAGUAUCGGUGUGUGCUCCGGCUUGGUGGUGGGCUUGGUUAUGUGCUUAUGGCUGGCAGUAGGAGGUACACUUUAUCCUCCUACCGCAGAGAUGAUGGGAGUCUUACCAACCUAUACAGACCACUGCCCUUUAUAUAACUCCAGUGACGGCAUCAUCUAUGGACCAAUCCUUCAAAGAAACAUCACAGCACCUGAAAAAAAGCCAGCCAACAUCCAAGAUUUCUACUCCCUGUCUUAUCUCUAUUAUGCUGCCCUAGGAACUUUCAGCACAAUUCUUGUUGGAGUCCUGGUUAGUCAGUUUACAGGGCCUAAGAAGAGAGAAGACAUUUCGCAAAGUUUGAUAUGGUGGGACUUAGACACAAGAUCCUACAUUCAACCAAUCAAAUCAAUCGAAAAGAAAGAGAGAGGGACAGAAGAGACUGAAAUAAAGGAAUUUCUCAACAGAAAAGAUGAACCCUUUAACGGCUCCCUCCUUCUUAAGUCAGAUUGCAAAGACCUAGCAUAAUGGUUUCCUGCUUGAUCCAAAGAAAUCCCACACCGUUAAGAGAUACACAUUUUACUGUUAAUGAUAAUCAUCACUGGGACUUCUUCUAUCUACAUUUGGAAAAAGAAUAUUAGCUGUAAAAAGCUCUGCACUGUACAACUGGACGGAAUAUCUACCUCUUGCCAAGAACAACCUGGAAUUCAAAAUAUAUGAGCAAAACAUUAAAAAAACACAAAGAUGUCAUCAUAACUAGAAUCAACUAAUUGUCUCCAUCUUUUCCAUACUAGAAGAAAAGAAGAACCUUUAAUAUUAUAAGCAACAGCAAUAGGAAGCUUCACAGAUUACAAGAAGGAAACACAUUUUAAUAAAAUAGAAGUAUCAACAUUAAGAAAUGAUGCUUUAAUAUUUUAGCAUAAACAUGGAGAAGAAUUAUUUUAGAUUCAUAGAAGGUCUGUAGCAGAGGCUUAUACAGUAAAAUAUUUAUAAACUACUUGAGGUAGAAGUGUAGUGUAGCUCAAACACCAUUUGAAAUUUAACACAAAAUGGGAAAGGAUAAACUAUGCAGCCCACUUUUGAUACCACACUUAGGCAGGCCUUAUCAUUUUUAGGGUGCCUUUAUAUUUUGUAUAGGAUAGAAUAAAAACAAUCCUUGUGUCAUUGGUAGGGUUGCCAGGUGUCCAGUAUUUAAUCUGGCAGUCCAGUAUUUUAUCAGGCUGUCCAGUAAAAUCUUGACAAAAAUACUGGACACUGAAAUAUCCAUUUUUUUUCCAAGUCCAUGAGGAGAAAAUAGUGAGGGACAGACAAGGGGGUGAAAUGACUUCUGUUUACCUAUGUUACUGACAGCCAAAAAGGUUUAAUUAUUUAUUUGUAUGCUACUGGCAGC